CUUGUAAAACCCUGGUCAAGUGGGGUCGUGAUUGGCCAGUGGAGUUAGGGUGGGGUUUAUGAUCUAGGGUUUCUUCUUCUCCGCUCUCUUCUUCUGUUUGGCUUCUUCUUUGUUUUUGUUUUUAUCUUCUUCCAGAAAUGGAACUUCUGAGCAGAAGCGAGAGCAGAGGAACUGCUGCUGCUGCUGCUGAGUUGGUGCUGAUUUCCGUGGUGGAUACUAUGCUGAUGGGAACGAUUUUGGGGGCGGGAAAAUUUCUCCUUUGGCUUCUCUGUAUGAUUGGAUCUUCACAAAAUGGAGCUAAUUUAUUUGAUGAAGGAUCUGACAUAAAUAAAGGAUUUCCUCUUUCAUCUUUGAGAAAACUCAAAGAUGAAUCCGUGCCGGAGAAUAAAGAUGACGGAGAAUCCGAUGACGAUGAGGAGGAGGAUGAGGAUGAAGUUGGCGAUCAAGAUGAUGAUGGUGGUGAGGAAGAUUACUCGGGGGAGGAAGGGAAUGAGGAAGAUGAGGAUGAACUUGAGGCCAAUGGUGCUGAAGGAAGCGAUGACGAGGAUGGGGAUGAGGACGAUGAAGAUGAGGAUGGAGAUGAGGAUGAUGAAGAUGAGGAUGAAGAUGCCGAGGAUGAAGAUGAUGAUGAAGAUCAACCACCUCCUAAGAAGAAAAAGUAAAAAAACUCCAUCUUUCUCAAGAAUUUUCUCAUGUGUAAGGUGCUGGUCAUCAUUAUUGUGGCUGUUAGAUUAAGGUUUUAGAGGAGGGGCUGCCUUAGAUUAGGAAAAGAGACAUUUUGAAAGUUACUUUUUGAGUUUUUACUGUCUGA